AUGAGUCUUCGUGAGCAAUACACAAUAAAUGCCCAUGAUGUGAUUGCACACAUGCGAGAACAUCUAUGGAAUAUAGAGCACAGGGAAAUCAAUUCUGUCUACCAAGUUGUACACGAACAAAUUCUUGGGCUCAGUUCUACCAACAAGGAAAAUAAUUCUACAAACAAAUCUGUAUUAAAAGGACAGUGCGAGGGGAGAGGGAUGGAACUGAGAAAAAGGGACAUGGGGAGCGAGUGGUAAGAACAAUGGGGAAAAAGGCAAUGGGAGCAAAUAACAUUUAGGCAGUAGGAAAAAUGAGCAUAAAAAGGAGACGAAUAACAAGACAAAAUAUAAGCAUUAGUGUAAUGGGGAGGAAUUGGCAUGGAGCAAUUACAUGCAGAAAGAAGGUAAAUUGUGGAAAGAGCCAAAUUAAUUGGGGUCAGUGUCAAUGCUUGGGGGAGAUGGGUAUCAGAUUUGGUUAAAAUGCAAUCAGAGCAGAAGAAAAGGGGAAGUCUCAUUAAAUAGAGGCAACUCCACUGACUAGUAACCAUCUGACAACUAAUAACCCAACAACAAUGGAGACCUGCUUGUCUCACAAGUUACCUAAAUGUUUAAGGAACCUGCGAGUUCCAUGUUUUUUUACGCUUCAUUGACACAGACCUGCGAGUCGUGUAUUGCACCGUUCUAUGUCAUGCUUUAUUUAAAAAAAAAAAUGUAUGAUGGGAAAACCCCAUGCCAAAAUAAACAGAUAUUUAAACAGAGGCAACUUAUUUGGGAGUGAGGUGAUAAAGAAGGUUAUAUAGGGAAACACAGGGUGCUUGAUAGGCCAGUAACAAGGGAAAAGAGUAACUGAUAUGGGAGGGAAGAUAAGAAAAUUGAUGUAAAGGGACUUAAUGAAUACAUAGGGAAGAGGUAUUUUGGGAAAAGAGAUUGAAAAACUGGGAGAGAGGCUUUGAAAGUCUUUUGGGAGGAUCAAUUAAAAGAUUGGGGGAUGGAAAUGUAGAAGGACUUUUGAAUGAAACUGUAAUGAGGAGGGAUUGGGAGAGGGUGGGCAGAGUGAGGGAUAGAAUACAAUGGUUAAAUGAACUUAGGGAGAAUGAAACUGGAAAGCUAGAGUGAGAAGGGUAUUCAGAAACGACACACGAGGGGGAGAAACAACGAGUGGAGGAGGUGGCUACCUACCAGAGAUGGUGUUAUUGUUGAGCCAGCUUUUCCCAACCAAGAACUCAAGCUACUGACAGCCAAGGAUUUAAUAAUAUCUCAGUUCUGUUCAAAUAGGGAUAUUGACAAAAUAUGACCUCACCUCUCACACCCCGACACAACAGUACUGAAGCUCUCCAUUUCCCAUCUCCCUGCAACUUCCAGCAACCUCCAAGCCUCAUCUCUCAAACCCAGAAACAAUACUGAAGCUCUCCAUUUUUUUCUUCUCAGCACAUCCCACCCUCCCAGGUUCCUACUAAAUAAAUAGCAUGCCCAUCCAGCUCCUUUAAAGUCUCACUCAAUUACCUCUCCUUUAUAUUCAACCAAUAGCUACAACUCUCUGUUGAAAUAUAUGAAACAUUCCAGAAACAUAGAAUGUGACGGCAGAUAAGAACCAUUCGGCCCAUCUAGUCUGCCCAAUUUUCUAAAUACUUUCAUUAGUCCCUGGCCUUAUCUUAUAGAUGGGAUAGCCUUAUGCCUAUCCCACGCAUGCUUAAACUCCUUUACUGUGUUAACCUCUACCACUUCAGCUGGAAGGCUAUUCCAUACAUCCACUACCCUCUCAGUAAAGUAAUACUUCCUGAUAUUAUUUUUAAACCUCUGCCCCUCUAAUUUAAGACUAUGUCCUCUUGUUGUGGUAGUUUUUCUUCUUUUAAAUAUAGUCUCCUCCUUUACUGUUUUGAUUCCCUUUCUGUAUUUAAAUGUUUCCAUCAUAUCCCCCCUGUCUCGUCUUUCCUCCAAGCUAUACAUGUUAAGAUCAUUUAACCUUUCCUGGUAAGUUUUAUCCUGCAAUCCAUGAACCAGUUUAGUAGCCCUUCUCUGAACCCUCUCUAAGGUAUCAAUAUCCUUCUGAAGAUACGGUCUCCAGUACUGUGUACAAUACUCCAAGUGAGGUCUUACCAGUGUUCUGUAUAAUGGCAUGAGCACUUCCCUCUUUCUACUGCUAAUACCUCUCCCUAUACAACCAAGCAUUCUGCUAGCAUUUCCUGCUGCUCUAUUACAUUGUCUGCCUACCUUUAAGUCAUCAGAAAUAAUCACCCCUAAAUCCCUUUCCUCAGAUGUUGAGGUUAGGACUCUAUCAAAUAUUCUGUACUCUGCCCUUGGGUUUUUACAUUCAAGAUGCAUUAUCUUGCACUUAUCCACAUUAAAUGUCAGUUGUCACAGCUCUGACCAUUUUUCAAGUUUACCUAGACUCAUCUAGGUUUUGUUUUAUUAGUUGAAUCAGUCAAUUCAUGCUGAACUUGUGGAGCCUGAAAGCCUCAGCAAACAAUGGGAGAUCACAUGGAAAAACAGACUGCGUAUUAAUUGUAUUGUCAUUUACUGCAAAAGGCAAUGUCACCAUGAUCUGCUCAGCCGGCCAUCGUGGUUGUUACGCACUGAUGGGUUUAUGAAAUUACAUAGACACAAAAAGUAUAGAAUGUGCAUUGCCACAGCUUUUGGAACACAACAUCUCGUGGCCUCUAAAGAUGCCUCAUACAAGAGAAAAUGAAAAUUGCUGGUAUAUAAAUAUAUAUUUGUCUGGGUAAAGUAACAUGCGUCUGUGUGUAAAUACGGAAGGGUGUAUCAGCACCUGCAAGUAUGUAUCUGUGAAUCUGCAUUCUCGUUUCUGUGUAUUUAUUGUGAACUUUAAUCUGUGUUUGUGUGUUUGAGGGGAGGGGGAGUCAUUUUAUAAAGUUCCCUGAGAUUUCAGAUGGCAGUCUAUCAAUGAUUAUGUAGCUAUCUAUAUUUGUGUCAGGCAGUCUGUAUUUCUGUACGUGUGUGCCUGGGGAUCAUCAGGUAACUGCCUUAAUAGGCCUAAAAAGAGCCCCCAGGCCUUGCCUCCUCACUGCCUAGUACCUUGAGACCUCACAUGGUGACAGGUAUCAGAUCCCGGCCACCUUAGCACCAUGACCAGUGCAGUCUGAAAUAUCAUAGGUUGACGUGGACCAAAUGUACUAUUUGGAGUAGGAUAUAUCGGACAGCAGUAUUGAACACAGUUCUUCCUCAGAAACCCUUUCAAAUCCUAAGGGAAUUUUGGAGAAAAUUACUGUAUCUUUUAGGAUAUCACAUGCAGGGUCAAAUACCAGACAAUGGUCCAAUUCACAAGUAAGGAGAAAGAAGACCAUAAUGGUCAAUAUUAAUAAUCAUUCCAUUAUUAAAUAGAAACAUAGAAACAUAGAAUGUGAUGGCAGAUAAGAACCAUUCGGCCCAUCUAGUCUGCCCAAUUUUCUAAAUACUUUCAUUAGUCCCUAGUCUUAUCUUAUAGUUUAACUUUAACCUUUCCUGGUAAGUUUUAUCCCGCAAUCCAUGAACCAGUUUAGUAGCCCUUCUCUGAACCCUCUCUAAGGUAUCAAUAUCCUUCUGAAGAUACGGUCUCCAGUACUGUGUACAAUACUCCAAGUGAGGUCUCACCAGUGUUCUGUAUAAUGGCAUGAGCACUUCCCUCUUUCUACUGCUAAUACCUCUCCCUAUACAACCAAGCAUUCUGCUAGCAUUUCCUGCUGCUCUAUUACAUUGUCUGCCUACCUUUAAGUCAUCAGAAAUAAUCACCCCUAAAUCCCUUUCCUCAUAUGUUGAGGUUAGGACUCUAUCAAAUAUUCUGUACUCUGCCCUUGGGUUUUUACGUCCAAGAUGCAUUAUCUUGCACUUAUCCACAUUAAAUGUCAGUUGCCACAAUUCUGACCAUUUUUCUAGUUUACCUAAAUCAUUUGUCAUUUGGCUUAUCCCUCCUGGAACAUCAACCCUGUUACAUAUCUUAGUAUCAUCAGCAAAAAGACAUACCUUACCAUCAAGACCUUCUGCAAUAUCACUAAUAAAAUAGUCUAAACUAACUACAAACUGAGAUUCUAAGCAAAGGCCUAUCAUGUGUACAUACCCCCCACUUUGAUAAGUUCAACUGGGUGAAGGAUGUACACCUUUUGGAAGAAAACUUGCACUUUAUAAAUACCACACCAGUCAACUUGAGGGGAAAAAGCAUCAAUUACUAAGACCUACAAACUUUGUUCCAGUAAAAAGUUGAAAUAAAAAGUAUUUUCAGAUAUAUAUGAUGUGCAGAGGUAUGAAGGGGAUUGAGCUUGACUCAAACCAGAACAUUUAGUUUUCAUACCAUCUGACAAGUGUGGGAAUGUGACCAUAUUUGAUAGACAAGGCUACAAAACCACUUUUUUGGUAAUCAGCCUCAGCCGUUACCUCACCCAAGUCAUGGGGCGUAAGAAUAAGAAAUAUCAGGUGGACAAACCAAUAUCUGUGGAUGCCACAGACCACAGACCACCCAAAAAAGCCUGUCAUGGUGCCUCCGCUGGUCAGGCUUUCAUGGUCCUCCAGUGAGGUGCUCUUUGAUGAGGAAAGAAAUACACUGACUUACCUCUGGGGUAAGCCGGGAAGCCGCCAGUUAUGUAGGAGAUAAGGUAAGCAGCCUCUUGGACGAGCUCCGCAGAACAUUAAGGCCAACAUUAAACAUUUUUGGAAGGAGAUCAAUGGGAUCUCUGCAUGCUUCCACAACGAAGAUAAAUAUUGCUGCCCAUGAGAACCAGAUUGCAAACUUAAAACUGGGGUUGCAGACACUACAGUACUCAUGAUACAGCAGCAAGUGAGAUUUCUGGCGCUUGUUCCUUAUGUGUACAGCAGCUAAAACUUUCCCAAAUCAGAGUCUCUUCUUUCUGGUCAUUGAUGCAAGUAAAACGGGGGAUGUAGGUUAACAAUUAAAAUCCUUGGGUGGAGUCCAAGUGAGCAAAUAUAAGGGAGAAAACAAAAUGGGACAGGAAUACUAAUACAGUGUAGUAUGUCUAUAACAGCAGAGGCAGAAUAUAAGGAAAAAAUAUAUUGCACUCACACUAUUCUGGAGCUCAAGAUCAGCUCCAGAUCACAGCGUAUGGAUGGUACAAUCCCAGUCUGUGGAUGUUAGGAUGGUCCUGAUUUCCUCUGGUAUUGUAUCCCUGUGCCAAUAAUCCACGUGGUGUAUUCCAGAUGAUGCUCCAGUGAUAUAUAUAGGAUAUAAAAGAACAGAAAUAGUGUUCUCUGACAUCUUUUUAUUAGAGAAGCUGUAUCUCACAUUCCCGGGUGGGGGACAAACCACCUAUGCUGUAAAGGACUGAGCAAUCCCUAUUUUGCUCAUCCAUUGUGAGUACAUCUCUCUCUUUAUUUUAUUUGUUUUAUUAAUACAGAGAACACUAUUCCUGUUCUUUUAUAUCCUAUAUAUAUAUCACUGGAGCAUCAUCUGGAAUACACCACGUGGAUUAUUGGCAAAGGGAUACGAUACCAGAGAUAAUCAGGACCAUCCUAACAUCCACAGACGGGGAUUGUACCGUCCAUACGCUGUGAUCUGGAGCUGAUCUUGAGCUCCAGAAAAGUGUGAGUGCAACAUAUUUGUUCCUUAUAUUCUGCCUCUGCUGUUAUAGACCUUGUGACGAGACCAAUCUCGCCACUGUGCAUUGGAGGAGCCUGGUUGCCUGCCUGCUGCCUUUUGACUAUGGACCGGCAUUUAAAUAUUUAAUUUUCCUAUGCAGAAAGGUCUAUUCCUGUAUUUCUGCCCUGGCGUUCAGUAGAUUCUCGGAUUUACUGAAUGAACUCAUUUAACCCAGAUAGCUAUGCCAUGGAGCCUAUUCGUGUAAUAAAAGACUUUGGCUCCAUGGCAAUUGAACUGUAUGUGUGUGGUCUGAGCGCCAUUCAGUAUUAAUGUGCGCUCAGACCUAAGCUAUCUGGGCAUAUGUUGCAUGUCUGUAUUUUAUGUCAUAAAUGUAACCUUGCGUAUUUUAUUCUAUUUUACUGUCUUUUUACUGCCAUGUGCUUAAUGGAGUUUUGUCUCUGUCCCUGGAGAUAAUUGGAUUACUUCCCAAUUAUCUCCAGGAUAGAAGACUCUGUGGAACUGGUUUUGGGCAGAAAAGCCAUGCUUCAUUUGGUCACAAAGGACUUCGAUCUAUCUUUUGAACCAAUGGACCAAUUUGGAUGAUUUUGACAUAUGUUUGUAUUUGGAGUAUGCUGAUUCUGAAAAUGUAAGUUAUGUGAAUGUGAUGCAUUCUUUUCAAGUUAUGAAUAAUGUGGAAAAACUAUAUUUCUCUGGCUGUGAUAAUUAAAUUACCCAUUGUGUAAGGUAAUUGUAUCACAGGCAGAGGGGAGGAUUUUGUGUGGGAGUGUCUGAGUGUAUUGUACGUGUUUAUUGGUUGUUUUCCAAAACCCUGUGGGUGUUACUAAUGUGUAAGAAUGUGUAUAUAAGAACAAUAAACCCACAGCUCUGUCUGUUCCUGCUUGACCCUCAAAACGGAGCCUUGCCUCAUUCUUGGGGGGAUUUACUGUAUGCUGUUAGAGACUGAUUGCCAGGAGUGUAAGCCGCUUGGGUGCUUUUCCUGUUCAGCUGCUAGCAGCUAUUCGUGGGGUUCCAGUUUGGGAGUUUGCAGCAUUCCCUUGUAUACAGUUUGGGAGUUUGGUGUUCUGCAGUAGCUGUGCCUGUGUCUCUGGAAGGGAAGAUCUACUAAAUGGCUUUUAGCCCCUUUUAUGCCUGGGGGUGCCGUUACAGACCUACUACACUAUUUUAGUAUUCCUGUCCCAUUUUGUUUUCUCCCUUAUAUUGGCUCCAUUGGACUCCACACAAGGAUUUUAAUUAUUAAGCACUGCUUCCCUACAUCCCCCGUUUUACUACAGCAGUCAUGGAAGAGAGGAGGUGCUGGAAAAAUAUAAAAAUGCAUGGCCUGCCAGAAGCCAUUGAAGCUGCAGAGAUACCGCAUCUAUUUUGCAGGUUACUUACUCACCUCUUCUCUGCAAAACAAGCUAAAGCAAUACUUCUAGACGGAUGGUACCAAAUACCUAAACCUGAUCCUGGAACAAGCAGAGACAGACUGAUGUUCAUGGCUUCGAUCUGCAAUAAGUCUCCACUUUGCUUUGAGUAUCACUCGCUCGCUUACCUCCUUUCACGAUUUAUCUAGAACCACCCUGGAUUGGCAGAGGUUCUUGUGGCCUUUGACCAAGGAACUUGCAACUUGUAAGAUUCAGUACAAAUAGGGAACGCCAAGGUGUCUGCUGAUCACUCAAUAUUAUGUCACUAUUAUAGCAAUGCUUUGUUCAGGACAUCCAUGAUGCAGAAGCUUGAUCUGAUUACCAACUGAACCGAACCGACCAGUCCACCUCUCUCAGCAAAAACAACUAUUGGGAUCCAGAGAGGGUUUGCCCAAUUGUGCCAGCAGCUCAGAGAGGGGAUACUCACUCUGCUUUGAUACAGUGACUGUCAAACAUGCAGCCUUAUGGUUUUCUGUUUUGUUUACAUUUACAUUUAUUUAGCUUUUGUGAUAUUUUUUUCUGUGAUAUAUAUAGUGUAUCCAGGUUGCAUAGUCUUAUACCUUCAUUUACUCUUUACCUGCUGGCCAAUGUGAUUCUGUCCCCAUCUUACCCUCGCCCCACCCCAUCAUCUACAGGGCAAAUACUUGUUCCAAUAGUUAUACUAUAUUAAAGUGGGUGCAUCAGUCUCUCAAAUUUAGCCUUUUUACCUCUAGUUACCUUUUAUUGUAAUUGAGGCGUCUAUUGCUCUUUGCUCCAGCUAGUUUAUCAAAACUAAACAAAAGUCCUAUUACGGAGCAAAACGCAAAUUUCCCUUUUGCAACUUUAGCUUACUUUUAUAAACGAUAAAACCCGCAAUACUACAGUUUUCUGGAGGGUCACCUACUCGCAUGUUGUGUAUAUUCUUUACUUAUUGUGACUUUGCUGUGCUACCGUAUUGUAUCUGCAGUUUUUAUGGAUUGUGUAUAAAUUAAGAUUUACCAAAAGAAAAAGGAAUGACUUAACAUUCUGUUCGACCACUCUACUUAUAAGAUCCUUAUAGUCCUCAAGAACUUCCUGGAUGAUGGCCUACAACCAAGAUCAUAGUGUGAUUUUAUAUGACCAACUCUAUCUACCUUAUGUUGUCUACCAAUAGGUAGGUAAAAAUCUUGAUCACCCACCAGGUAAACCGAUUGUCUUGGGCUAAAAUAACUGUGCUCAAAUCGUCAGCAUUUACAUCACUCGUAUGUUAAAUCACUUUGCAGAAGUAUUAAUUUCAUUGCAACUUUAGUUAUUCAACUGGUAGCACUUGCUUUACUUGUUGUGGCGGCCACAUGGAGAGGAAUAUAGGUUUCGCCACCAAGGACGUCUUUUUCCCCUAUCUGGAACUCUGCUUCCCCGGAUUCAGUAAGACCGCUGUUAGAGAUUAUAGCUUUCCAAGGAAUAUAGCUCUGGAGUGAGUAUAGCUUUCGCCCACAGACAUUAGUCAAGACUUAAUGCUGGGAGUGAACUGACUUUAUUAUGGGCCACACACAGCCUUUUAUGCAUAGGCCCCUACAUGGGGUCUCUUAUACAAAAAUUCAGAGUUUUUCUUCCCAAGAUCCUCUGUGCCUGAGAGAUAAUUGUGUCAGAAAAAACUAUAACUCAAUUAUCUCUCAGAUACAGAACAAUCUACAAUAUUUUACAACACCCCAAAACAGAUAUAGUAUUACAAGGGACCCCAUCAAGUCCUAUAUCCCUGGAUAGCCUGGAUCUGAGCACACAACAUAUCUAAGAAGCGCUCAGAUCCCACAAAUACAGCCGAAUCGUCAACGGGGUAAAAUUUUGACCGACCGCACAAAAUUUGGUCUCUUUCAGGAAUCCAAAACCGAACAAAACACUGAAUGUAGUCCAUGCGAACAAUCUCACCGAACAGUGCUCUUCUGAGAUAGUAGAAACGAAAGCAGGAGAGGAUGAAAGUUCAGUGGUGUUUGCGAGUUAGAGUGUCUGAUUUUAGUUCCAUGCACUUGACGACCGAACACCGCUGCCUGCUUUUGUGCAACUAGAUCACUUAGAAUACCGAGUUGUGAAUCGGUUAUAGAGAUGUCAAUAGGGGUCAACGAGGUUAACAAGCUCCCAGGUGGGCCGAGUAUGGAAGGUAUAACAAGGGGAAUUUGUGGUUUGGUUCGGUUACCGAACAAAAAUUGAAAAAGGAUGGGAACAAAGUAUUUCAGUGACAGGGUGUUCUGUCACACUUUUGAACUAUCUUCACUAGCUUAGGUCAUGUAUAGGGUUUCUGCUCAAUUAUAGGUCCAUGUCGUGGCCCCAGGGACAGAGUAGCAUUUACUCUAAAAUAGGAACAGGGGAGAAUAAGAAUAAUAAGAUCUUGUAAAUCGGUUAACACGUUUCUUGCUUAUAAUCAUGUAUUUAUUUUCACCUUUCUAAAGCGGUCUUUAAAUAAUAAUCGAAACGGAUACAUAUCUUUUCAAUCAACUGUUUAUACAUCUCAUCUAUAUUGAGUAGGGCCAGGCCAGCUAUACUUUUGCUUUCAGGCAUCUAUAUGAACAAUGCUUAAUGUGGAACAUUGUAAGUAAUGACACUAUGGGUAAAAACAACAUGAUAGAUGAUGAAAAUCUGUCGUUUUUUCAUGUUUGCCACAUCCUGAACUUUACGUACCUGGUACACCCUUGAAUUAGAUGUAGAAUCCAAAUGUGUCCUAUCAACGAAACAGUGCACUAGUAAUAAAGUGUGGAUUGAAAAAAAUCCAACAUAUACCAGUUUGAGACUAGCUGCACAUAUGACUUUAAUAUGACUGAUGUUUUUAUCACCUGCUAUGCAAAUUGAACUAUAAUAACACAUGAGGCUCCUACAGGGUUUAGAAGGCUAUUAACAGAGCAGGGGAUAAUAGUCUAAAACAGAAUGCGCAAUAAAAAAGGACAUAUAAACAUUAGAUCUCACUUUACAGGAAGUGUUUAGGAAGGCUGUUCAUGUUGCUUUCUGCAGUCAUUUAACUCCUAAAUUGCAAAAUUGAGCAUUGAGAGUGCAUGGGGCAUGAUCUAUACACCAAAUCCACAACAGGAUCUUUGUGAUCAUCUUAACCCCUUAAGGACCAAACUUCUGGAAUAAAAGGGAAUCAUGACAUGUAACACAUAUCAUGUGUCCUUAAGGGGUUAAAGUAGAUUGUGACUGCAAGCAACUACUGUGUUUGUCUUAAUUAUUUGAAAAUUGUUAAAUACUUGCAGUAAAGGCCUUUCCCUUAUUUGCAGUGCUUACAUAUUUGAAUCUUAUUGCACUCACAGUUUUGGACAUCGGGGUUGUGUGUCUACUUAAUAGUAUAUAAUGUAUGUUUUCUUUAUUCUAUUGCAUUUUUAAAUGUUAUCCACUUUGUGCAUCAAUUAAUUACUAAAAUUAAAGUGGGGAAAAAAAUUUAGUUUAGAUUUUAUUUUCAUGCAAGCUACACCUCUUACCUUGUAUAACUUGCUUAUACAAUAAGAAUUAUUUUAUAAGUUGAUAAACCAAUGGAGCUCAAACAGGAAUACAAGGUAAUGAGACUCCAGGUGAAAUGAAGUUUAAAUUUAGUGUCUUGUUAACAGGACAAUACAGGUAACGUCUUACAAUGGAGGGAAUUGAAGUGUAAUCCAUAAAAAUAUGAACUAGGAGCACACCCAUUCUAGGAUCUCACUUAAUCCGCACAGCGACAAAAGGAUAUAUAGUCGCAGCCGUAAACGUAAUGGUUGCAUGAAACCGUAACUUCAUCUGAACAAAGGGCUACUCUAUGUAAAUGAAUAUUACGGUAACUCCCAAGGUGGAGGAGGAAAAUAUGAAAAGGUUCUGUUACAUGAUCUUUGGUCUAAGUGUGUGGAUAUAGGAUAUAGGUCAGGUAACGAUUGUAACUUGUAUUAGCUGCAAGAGGAAAAAACAGAGGAUUCUACUUAAAUAUGAGAAGGUGAGGUGUAUUUAAUAUUAUUAUUUUAUUAUUUAUAUAGCGCUGUACUGAAAAUACUUUAUUAAUAGCCUUUAUAAUUACUUUUGCACAAUCAAAGCUAAAUCUGAUACAGAGCUCGAAAUCACUAAAUGCCAAACUCAAGAGAAUGGAAAAUUGAAUUGCAAAAGUCAAGAAAAAAAAUCUGAUUUGGUAAAAUACAUUAUAAAAAAAUAACUAAAAAAAAAUACAAAAAUAAACAGUUUUAAAGUUAUUUACUAAAUUGAGAAUGUAAGGUAAUUGCAAAGUAAAUUUCAGAUUUAAGUCCAGAGUUGCCAAACUGAAAGCAUUGCUGACAAAUUAUUUUUUAAAUUUUUUUGGCCUAAAUUUAAAAUUCACUUUUUAACCCUUAUGAAUUCCCACUUUAGAGAAUAAUACUGUCAGAAGUCCUGUUUUAUAUAGUUUGAUGACUGAACUGUACCUUGUCAUCAGUUUGAAGUUUGCGAUUACUCUGUUUAGAUAGGCUAAGGGGGGUUUACACAGUGCAAAAAUGUCUUUAAAAAAUGCAGUUAAUUGCGUUGACUGUGGCUGUCAUAUGUACUGGCGGCUGUUCCAUUUUUUUACAAGGUAUUGGGUAUAAUCACGGUGAGAAAACGGGGGAAGAGAUCAAAUCUAACUUUGCUGCUUGUAGUACAAUUGACCCUUAAAACAUGCUUUGGUUGAGGGGCGAUAGACUAUAAAAUUAGACCAGAAAUGCUGACUUGCUGAAUAAGAGGGGAAAAAAUACGUAAAUAAAAAUUGUGCCUCUAGUUUCCUCUCAUGAAUCAAAUUCGAAGAAUAAAUACAUUUUUAAAAGUGCAGAAACAAAAUUACCUAGAAUCACACAGAGCAAGCCAAUUAGGAUCAGCAACAGACGGAAGGGUAUUAAAGGGUUUAAACGUUCUAUUGUUUUCUUUUCAGUUAAAAAUAUGGUUUAUAAUAUGGCGCUGGGCGUGUAGGAUCAUGACUCAGUCAUUCCUAAAUUAUGUGCAUUGUGCAAGUCCUACUCCAUUACUUUCCUCUGGCUACAGUGUAACUUAUCUGACAGUGUACAUAGAACAAGGAGUCAGAACACCUCAAUGCCGAAUCAGGAUGAGCACCAGGACAUACCUCAUACUAAUUUACUAUCUCCUAGGAGCUGGCCUGUUUUUACCUUUGCAGGUGAGCAUUUUAUAUCAAAGCUACAGGUAAUACAAUACGGAUCUAAAACGAGCACAAAUUCUAAAUGACUCCUUGUAUGAUAGUAUGGGGAUUCAAACACGGGGGGUUACAUAUAAAGACUGACUCUGCAGCAAAGUUCGAGAUGUUCUACAAUCUCCAUGGAAACCAAUUAAAUAGCUCUUGAUUACCGCUCCAUUUGUGGCACGCCACCAGAAUUGUUUUUAAUAUAUAACAUUCAGCGUUUCCAAAGUCAGAUUGUAUUUCAAAUCAGCAAUUAAAUGGUUGGUCACAUUAAAUUAAGUCUAGGAAAGUUAAUGUUGUUAAAUUGCUUAUUAAGAUUUUACUUCUAUCCUGCAGGAUGCAUUCUCUGUUACUAUAAAACUUAAAGGAACACUAUAUAGGGAAUGCCAACACAUUAUAAAAAAAUUGCGAUUUUAUAUUCUCUUACAGCUUUACAAAAUAGUGCAUGUAGGUUAUAAAAGACAUUAUGCAGAGACAAAUUGCUUUUCAGAAGCAUUUAAAGGACAAAUGUCACAUUAAAACCAACAAUCCCUCCAAUAUGUCUUAAAAGAAAAUACAUUUUAAAUGAAGUAUAUGUAAGAAAGAGGAAAACCACAUGGCUACUUUAAGUAUAGCAUAGGAUCCUUCUGCGAUAUACAUAAACAUUUGAUCAGACAGUGUUUGAAAACUGGCAAUCUGACAUUAUAGAGACUGUUUUUCAAACUCCGACCCAAGGUGAAUGUAUAUGGCUGAAGGAUGCUUUCAUAUAAUAAAGGUAGACACGAGUUUAAUUUUUACAUAUAUAUUUACUUUCAAAAUGUCAUGAGAAGAUAGUUAUAUUAAAAAAGGUAGUUGUCGUACAAAAUAUUAAGAUUUGGUGGAAUCCUUCCUGUACAAACCAGCUUACAAUCUUUCUGAAUCUUUUAAUCAGAGUUUGUUAUAAAAAACAAAUAUCAAAUAAGCAACAAGUUAUGUUCUCCUGGUAUGGGAUCAAUGCCAAUGCAUUUGUACCUAAAUGUAUCUAAAAUCUUCGUAAAGACAAACCACAAUUUGUAGCUGAAGUUCUGUUCCUAUACUGCAUUUCUGGACACUUGCUUGGGUCUUGAGACCGUGAUUUGUAUAAGUGGAGGAAAAAAAUAUAUAAUUAUUUCAAGGGGUUUUAUAAAGUGUGAUGAAGUGAUAAAGAAUGAUAAACAAAAAAUGAAUAUAAAAGUGUAAACAGCUAGUGCAAAUAUAUAUUUAUACUUGGUUUUUUUCAAUUAAAAAGCAUCUGAAAAUAUUACAGCCAUAAUGUUGGGCGAUGUAAACUUGUAACGGUUACAAACAGUAUCCUUGCACCAAAGUAAAAUUGAUAUAGACCACAGAAUAAAGAAAGUUGUGGCAAGAAAAACAUAAAUACAUUCAAUUUCUUACAAAAUAUUGUCACGAGCUGUGACAUUCUGUCAUUCAAGUCAUUAUCCAUUUGAUCUGGUCAGUUCCAAUUUCCGUUUAAACUCACCAAGGGUUAGGGUUAGGGUUUGGGUUAGGGAGCACCAGCCGCGGUCCCCAUAUUGGUGUUUUAAUAGAAUGUCAUUUAAUCUAGGAUCUAAAUGCUAUAAAAUCCACCAUACGUACCACGCAACUUUAUUUUGUAUUUCCAGAUUUCAUCUUCAGUUGACACCUCUGUCGGUGAGUUCGUAAUUGACGAGGAGGUAUAUUUAAUGGUACCAUAUGCAUACAGCCGAAGCCUUCAGAGAAAUGUUACAUUUGCGUCUUAUGAACAGCUGUGUAAAGAUACUAUUUUAGAAAAAAAAAUGCAUCAAAUCUCAGAAUAAAAUGGAAUGUCAUUGAAAAAAAUUAUACAUUAUUGAAAAAUUUAUAUAAAACACACGGAACGUCGGGAGGGUUAGUUAGCUAACAAUGUCCAAUCAUUGGUCACUGUAUAUUUCCCCUCUCAUCAGAAUGCCCAUAUGAACCAGACUAUAAUUUUACCUCCCUAUAGGGUGAGAUUUCUGCCUUCAACGGAUAAAGAUACUGGAAGUUGAGUAAACAAUUUCUUAUUAAGGAAACAAGUGUGGUAAAGCUACUGUAUCGGUUGCUACCCUUGUAGAUGCCUCUUUUACCCCUUCUGCCAUGCUCACAGCCAGCUGUUGAGGUGUGCAAGCACCACAGCACCACAGCAACCAAUCAUGCGCAAAGGAGAUCGCUUGAGGUGACCACCACUCAGACAUUAUGUUAGACUAAUUGAUGUAGAAGGUAAAUAUUUUCACGUGGCACAGUUGCUGUUGUAGUGUUCAUUCCUGGGCGGUAGGCCAGAUCCAAUCCAGGAGCGCUGGUGGAAGUAUGACCUUACUGUCACAGCAUUGAGCAAUCUGCGUGUAGGCACAGCUUGGCUACUUACUGAGACAGCAAAUUGCAGGAACAAAAAGGUUACUAGGGCAAAAUGUACACAACAAUAACAAAGGCCGCACAAAGCACAUUUUUAUUUGCUAACCACUCAUAUAUCUACUGAUGAUACUGGACUUAGAAUAAUAUGGAAAUAAGCUAGACAGAUAGAGAUUGGAAUGAGUUUGCACGGGGGUGGAAGGGCUUGAAUAUGUUCUGUAUUAUUAGCGGAAUCUUGAAAAGAUUUUAACAAGGGCAUGGAAUUCCGAGUUUUAUUGGAAAGAUUUAGCAAGAAAUGUUAUAAACCUUUCUUGCUUCCUAAUAUUCAAAAUAAUCAUGAAUUCGGUUUGCUGGCUUUGAUACUCUAUAAAAAUAAAUUGAUAAAAAAUGUAAUUUUCUCUACCUAGAAGCAAUUUUAUAUUAAAGGCUGAUCAACUUGAUUCUGUGCAGGAGGAAGUAACAUUGAAGAUGAAGAGGACGUGUUUAGUGUCAUCGCUAAACAUAACAAAGGCAAGUUUGACGCACAACCUGUACUUUGACAAUAUACGUGAAACCCAUAUGUUAAUAAAAUGAAAUUGGGAGAAACAAGUUACAAUGUAAUGAACCCCCCCUUACUUUAGCAUCAGUUAAUCACCUUUCAUUCAACUAAUUAAAAUGUCUUUAGAGACCUGAUGAAACUGCCCAUCUGUUCCUAGUGAUAAUUCCCACUGUGCACAUGUCCAUUAUAUUAGAGCCUCCAGUGGGUGUGGAAGGGUCUGGUACUUGCUUGUUGGUAUAGGUGAAGGGGAAAAAAAGGCCAAUCUGAAUUUAUGGAGGUCUUCACAAGAUAACAGUGGAAAAUACACCACACAAGCAGGAAGGUGGCCAGGAGAAGACAACGGGCAUCUGCACUACAUAAUUUGCUAACUGGUUGCAAAUGUUGACACCAUUUGUGAAUUAAAGAUUCCUGUCCUAUUCUGGUCACCCUUCUGCUGCACAGAGGCUAUGAAGGAGGAAGUAACUAGCAGAGUAUAACGGGCAGUUGUGUUGGUGGCAGUGCCCAAUUCAGAAGUGGACUUUGUGGAUUCACUGAUCAAGUGGUUUGUGGUUAAACUCAUUUUUUGGGUAGGUUCACAUUUGGAGAUAAUUAUUGCACAGAUUAAUUAAAAACAUGUUCCGUUACAAAGGCAGUAAGAAGCUGAUGACUCAAGGGGAUAUUGCUGUGCGUCUAAGUCGCAGUGCUCUCGGCUGUCCUUCGAAGUCUUGCUUUUGGCCUAAAUCCGUCAUGGGGAUUGUUAACAUUCCAUACACACUAUCAUCUGACUACGGUAAGUCCAGCCUCAACUCCCUUAUUGUGGUUUGUUAAAUGAUCAAUACUGGACAUUGCAGUUGAAAUAAGAAGUCAACAUAUCACUGCUAUCCAAAUAUGGGGGAAAUUUUAAAUUUAUAAUAAGGAAGUGUAAAUUACCUUAGCAAAGUGGCAAGUGACAGAAUGGGCCAUGGGUGCCUGGGGAACUACCAGUUUUAGCUAAAUCACUUAAAUAGUUUAACUCAGAAACAAGGGAUGCCACCUAUAGAUCAGGCUGGUCAUUUAAAAAUGGGACAUGGCUGAAAAAAAUGUCCUAAAAUAUGUAGAGAACAAGAAAUUUACAUUUAAAGACUGUCAGCUGAACAAAGUGUCUGAGUCCGGUUGUACGCAUCACAAUAUAAAAGUAAAAAUUUAGUGGAAUAAAUAAAAAAGGAAAUUUAAGUGGAUUGAGGAAAUAAGUAAAAUGCGCAAUGCAGGCCCCAGUGACUUUAUUUUGUAAUAUACACAUAGGCCAAUCUGAUGCAGAAAAAUAAGAACCAGAUUAGACAAAGAAUUCUUUGAGUGUUGCAGCAUUUUUUCAUCCUCUCCAGCCCCUGCGGAUACUAUGGUUAUAUUGUCUGCAAUGCAAGAAUAUACAACUUUGACCUGUGUACACUUCACAGAACGGAAAACAGAGGUAGACUAUGUCCAGAUUCGAUCUGUUGAUGGGUAAGGAGAAAUUAAAAAACGAAAACUCAAGGUUGAAAGUUAUCAGAAUAGAAAAAAAAAAGGAAAGAAAAUUUUGUUUGCCAAUCUUGUCUCAAAUGUCCCUGAAAUCUGCCAUGUGUCUUUCCCCUCUUAUAAGAUGCUGGUCCUAUCUGGGCAGGAUCGGAGGUCCUCAGGAUCUGUCAUUGCUGAAGUACAGCUGUGUAGCCAAGGGUAUAGUGCAACAUGAGCUGAACCAUGUGCUAGGCUUUGUCCACGAACACACAAGAAGUGACCGUGACAGCUACGUGGACAUCGUUUGGGCAAACAUUGCAAACGGUAGUAACUUCAUAACCGACAAUAAAUAAAUAAAUAAAUAAAAACAUUUGGAAAACUAUUCUCUAGAUUAUUAAUUCAAAGCAAAUUAUCUAAAUCCUAGAGAGAAAAUAAACAAACAAAAAACAGCUGUGGUUUAUGCUUUGUACAUUAAAUAUAGAGCUAAUUUAAGGAGCAGUUCAAAAAUAGAAAUUCCAACAAAGAACACAACCAGUAUGAAAUACUCCAGUGCUUAAAGUGGGCAGUUUUAUAGUUCAAUUUUGGAGGCCAUAGACUACAUGGUAUUUUUGACAGUGGGUUUCCAGCCAAUAUACCAUGAAAUGCUGGUGUAGCUCAAUCUACCUCAAAGUAUGCCUCCAGCAAGUUAACUCCAUUGCUGUAAUAGGUUACAUGCCACACUUAAGAGGUUUUCAUUAAAUAUCAGCAUUAAAAUUGGGAUUCCCAUAUAUAGGUCAACCUUUGGUUACAAGUAUGCAACCCCUUUUAGUAUAGUAUAGACAAAAUAUGAUAUUUGUAAUCAGAUGACAAAACAAUAAAAAAAUUUAUAUAGAGGGUAUAUGUUCUAGAACAUCCAUAACUCCCUUAACAUUCAAUGAAUUAAACUCAUGAUUCCGCAUAUAACAUAAAAAUACAAAAAAUGUAAACAUGACCUACACCAAGCAAGAGUUGGACAGCUAUAGAAGGUACGCUGGCUUCCUGUGGGAAUAUUGUAAUCUUUGCCUUUUCGUGUAUACGUUUUCAAUACGUUAUGUGAUAUGUAUGUAGUCAUUCAUGGAGAGAAAUAUUUCAUAACACAAUCUGAGUUAAUGUGCAGGUCAUGCGAGCAACUUUGAGUCAGAACCAAACACCAACAACCUGUUUUCACCGUAUGAUUAUACAUCUGUAAUGCACUAUGGCCGGUAAGUGAUCACAGAACCUUUGACUAAGAAAACUGGACUAAAGUCACAAGACAUGUUUGCUGCUGGGAAUUAAAACUGAAUCUGGCUAUAUAAUGAGUCAGAUCCAAAAUCAAGGCUUGGCAAAGGCCGGCAUUGCCAGAUACGUUUGGUGGAAUAAGCAGUCAUAAAAGAUGGUUUGUCAAGUCCAACAUAUUGAUUCAUAGUGUCUAGAAUGGUGUAAAUGACAUUGCACCUUAAUCAAGCAUAGGGUCGGACAUUAACUUAACAUUAGAGACAGAAGAAUCAACAGACUUUGUAUUGGGGAGUUGAGGGAGGCAUGUUCGGAUCAGAGAAGCAUUUAUAGAAAAGGGAAAAUCAUGUGAAGAUAAUAUGUGGAAUAAAUGGUUAAACUGUUGGUAAACUGGUAAACUGUUCACAAACCUAGUUCUAUGAAUUCCUUACAUUAAGAUUGAUUAUUCAAAGAUCAGCAUAUGGUUUUAAAAUUUAUAAACACAUGAUCCCUACCAGCCAAAAUUUGUUUCCACAGAUAUGCUUUUAGCAAUGUUCAGGGUCAACCCACCAUCAAUCCAAAACCUGAUGCCACUGUACCUAUUGGACAGAGAUAUGGACUGAGUAGCCUGGACCUCCUGAAGAUAAACCGUCUCUAUGAGUGUGGUGAGUAACUCAAGGAUUUUUAUUAUGAUUUAUAUUAUUCAACCGUGAUUUAUUAUGAGCAUGGUAGCAAAAGGAAAUACCCCAAACCAUGAACUUGGAUUCCUACUCAAUAGCUAGAAAGGUUAACAAAGGAAAACAUUGGGUAUCAAAUCUAUAAAUGGUCAGGGUUUGAUAUUUUAUCAUACCCAUCAUUUAAAGGUAUCCAGGAGAAUCUAAUUAUAUUAUGAGGAAACUGUGCACAAGACACUCAAUGCAUGAUUGAUCACCACUAAGCAGAGAGGUCACUCACUGCAUGAACGGUUACCACUAAGCAGAGAGGUCACUCACUGCAUGAACGGUUACCACUAAGCAGAGAGGUCACUCACUGCAUGAAUGGUCACCACAAAGCAGUAGAGAACAAACAUUUGAUUUGGGGCAAAAAGUUGGGGAUUUUAGCACUGCAUCCAAACUCUGCAACUUCACUGUUUGCUUAGCCCUCAAGGAGACAUCAUGCAGCACAAUAGCUACUGGGUCAAGUUUGAAUAUUCUGAAUUGAAAUUCAAAAACAUUAAACAAUACUCCUUUUUCAACAACGUAUCUUCUGGGUAAGUAAAGGAGCAGUGGGGAAAUGUAAUCGUCGACAUCUGGCGUGAUGAACGUUGUCUUCCCUUGUACUUCAUGGAUAUGUUAGGGCAGCUGGCACCCUUACAAUGCAUGCAUUAUUCUAAAUACAUCAUUAAUCCUAAAUUUAGACAACUCCCACCCAGUUCUAUAACAGAUGCAUUGACAAAUCAAGCUACAACAGGUUACAAGAUACAGUUAAAAGCAGAGGCCACCUCAAGCUUGAUUACACCUGUGAGUGAAGCCAUAACACUUAAAGGUACAAUCUCAUUGAAAUGGUCUGGGUGCAGUGUCCCUGUUCCCUGAACCUUCCAAUGCAGGACCGGUGCAAGGAUUUCUGCCGCCCUAGGCAGAUACAUACACUGACACACAUAAACUCACUCAAUGACACACACACACAGAAACUCACUGACAGACAUACACUCACUCACUGACAGACACACACACAGACAUACACUCACACAGACACUCACUGACAGACAUACACACUUAGACACUCACUGACACACAUACACUCACUCACUGACACACACUCACUUACUGUCAGACACACUCACUGACAAACACUCACUGACAGACAUACACUUACUCACUGACAGACACACACACACACACACACACACAGAAACUCAUUGACAGACAUACACUCACUCACUGACAGACAGACACACACACUCACUCACUUACUGACAGAUACUCACUGACAUACAUACACUCACUCACUGACAGACACACAGGCAGACACUCACUGAGAGACACACACACUCACAGACACUCACUCACUGACAGUCAAAUACUCACUGACACACAGACUCACAAAAUUUUAUUAUUUGAGGCAAAUUCAGCCUCCCUACCUCCCUGGGGUCCAGUGUGGGGCAGCGCCUCACUCCUCCAGCUAGCUGUUUAGUAUUCCGGAGCUGGAAUGACAUCAUAUUCCGGCUCCCGGCAUCACAGAGGGCGCGCGAGGGAGGAGCGAGAGGCUGCAAGAAGAGCCUUCCCUCGCCGCCUGCCUUCUCCUGGCUCCUCCAGUCAGCGGCAUUUGAUGGCAGAGCAGGCACCUGUCAUCAAGGUAAGAAGGUGCUCUGCCAUACUGAAGGACAGCUUAGGGGGCACCCUGAGGUGGCCAGAUGGCCACCUCCUGGGCCCCCUGUGACAGGGCUCGAGGAGCGAGGAGCGGCCCAGCACUGAUGGGGGGGGCGGCUCAAGAGCCGCUUGCCCAGCGCUGCGGCCCAAGACAGGGAGAGUCCACCAGGAAAUAUCCCCACCAGGCCGACUUCACUUAACAUUGGCGCCAGCCCUGUUGCAAUGUAAAACAUUGCCAUUUUAUAGAACGUGCAGUGUUAAGUGUGCCUCUAGUGGCUGACCAUUCACACAGAGUUUAACUCCGUGCAACGACUCCGACACCCUCAGUUUGCAUGACGGUGUCCACCACCUCUAAAAACCCAAAAGGAAAAAAUUGAAUCCCGUGACGUUGCUCGAGGAGGAAUCUGAUCAUGCGCCAAGGGGGAGGGGGAAGGAUUUUUAACUCUUAGCUACAAGGGGUCCACAGAGACAGAGUAACAACACAGUGUUAGGAAUAGUGUUAUAUUUCUAAUACUAUAGUGUUACUUUAACUCUUUCAGUUCUGAUGCUAGAAUCAUUUACUCUAGUAUCUCUUGCAUCACCCAAAAAUUAAAGUUGGGCCUAAAUAAGCAACUUGAAAUGGCAUUCCUCAAUGGAGACUAAUUAAAAGUAUUUCUUUACGCACGAUACCUGAUCAUUUAAUUGCUGUGUGUUAUCGCCUGUGGCAUUAAUUAAAGACUCCAUUCCCAGAUAUCUGCAGCUUUUUGCUUACUGAGCCUUCUGGAUUCCUGAGCUCUGCGAAUAUGGACACAGUUUCAUUGAAUAAAUCAGUCUGCGUUUGGCUUAUCCGUGUGCCUGCAACAAAGGUAUUUUUGUCAUGCUUAAGGCAAGAAGCAGAUGUACCAUGUACACUUUGCUAAACUUUGAAAAGUAUAGUUUCAGUAAAAAAAACUUAGAUACAAUGUUAGCCUAUUUUUAUGAAAUCAGAACAAUGUUGAUGGAAAAUGUAUAAAUAGCAAUUCUGGGGCAAAGUUGUAAAAGUAGAGCAGUCGCCAUAGAUAUAGAACGCUGAUAUAGGGCAGGGAUAGGCAACCUUCGGCACUCCUGAUGUUGUGGACUACAUCCCCCAUGAUGCUCUAAUAUAUUCUUUGCACACACCCCAAGCCCUUGGCCCAGCUUGAAUUUUAUUUCUUAUUUGAGUAGAUUUUUAGUAUAUUUACAGGUACCUUUGCGUUGCAGAUUUAUUUGCAAUUUAGAACCCUUCACACGGUUUCUGGAUCCUCUGGCUACAUGAAAGUUUAUGAUGGAGUCAGCAAGACAUACCCUGUGCUGCUAAGCAGAGCGUUUCAGGGGGGAGUAGACCUCCCUCCGCUGGUGUCCUCUGGGAAUUUGAUGAUGCUUGAGUUCUCAAGAAUUGGAUCUUCAUCUUUCACAGCCUCGUACUCUACAGGUAAAGAUUCAUGUUGGUACCCGCAUUCCUUAGUGUAAGUAUAUUUCCAGACUAGAGGUCUGUCCAUGCUUGUCUGAGCAGGGCUCUAAUCCAGACUUGCAAUGAGCAGUACCUUCAGAAUGUUGAGUGAAGAGUGAUAAGGAAUAACCCAUCCAGUCCACCAAGAAACCAUUAAUAUAGUUCUGAAUGCUGUUCCCUUAUGUUGAAUGGGUAGGGCAGACUUUGAUGUGCCUUCAGUAAAUUUUCUGCUUGUGAAAUUUAUAAUUAUCUUUAAAGUUACCUGUGGGGAAACAGCAACAUCUGUUAAUGGAAUCCUGUCAUCCCCUGGAUACCCCAUAAGGUAUCCGGCAUCCACAGACUGCACCUGGACUAUUGUGGCUGCUGUUGGCUACAGGGUAAGUGUAAAGCAAAUUUAUAUAAAAAAUAAAUUAAUUAAAAAUUAAACACUAAUUAAAAAGAAAAAGUAUUAUGGGUUUAUUCACUGAAUUUGUGUUAAUAUGUUGAAAGCCAAACUGCAAAUUUUAAGUUACAAAUAGCCAAAUUGUGGCCAUAUAGAAAAAUAAUUAUUUGGGGUAACACCCUGAACAUGCAUUAUUUAAUAGUUGUUCCAGGAGCCUAAAAUGAUCAAAGUAUAUACAUAAUGCACAGAAAAUGUAAGCAUAUUUUCAAAAAUGUUAUAAACCAAAUUAACAAAAAAUAAAUAUAUAACAUGUCAUGUUUGUGGGAGAGGAGAAGAUUUAGUAUAUGAUGUGGCCACAUUGUUUAUAAGAACACCACUUUUUCUAGUUGCCCUCUUAUAUCUACAUUUUUAAUUUGAUGUGAGAAAUACGUUCAUGUGACCCAAGAAAUUCUCCUACACCAUAAGUGUUUUUCAAGACACGUCCAGAGCACAUGUGCGCUUUGGGUGCUUGUCAAAAGCAAAACCUAAAUUUUCUCUAUGCUCUGAUAUUGAGGAAUAUCAAAGAAAUGAUCAAAUUAAGACCAAAAUCACUGUGUAGAAAGUUUGCCAGCAAAGGAUUUAAGAGUUUCGGGUCUGUUACAAUGUAUCCCUGCAGAUUUUACUGGAGUUUACUUUCUUUUCACUGGAGACAUCGCGAAACUGUAUUUAUGACUACUUGUCCAUCUCUGAUGGGUCUUCAUCUGGACCAGAAAAAGUCUGCGGUGUCAAAAAGAUUCCUACGCUAGUCUCCACGGGGAGUUGGCUAAUGCUGCAGUUCCACAGUGACAAAACAGUGCAGUGUGUUGGGCUUCAGGCAAAGUUCAGUUGGGGUGAGUAAAGAAAAAAAUAAACAGGUAGCACUAAAAUGGUUAUAGCAAAGAAAAAAAUAUUGUAGUGUCUUACAAUCAAGUUCAUGUUUUCUUCCCACAGUAUGUAUUGCAUUUACAUUCUAGAAUCAGAACACGAUUAAGUUGUUUUUACAUAUUUAUGUCCCAUUUAUUUACAUACAAUGUAGUCUAUAAAUGUUGAUCAGAUUUGAUUUUACUUUUCCUCUCCCUAGUUGCAUUACCAUGA